GCAUCCAUCCACAUAUUCAUGGACGAAUUUAGUCAUGUUUUGCCACCAGUAGUGUCGUUGCACCAUUUCCAAUGUUUUUGCUCUACCCGGGUGUCCUACCGCGGGUGCAUCAUGAUGUGUUUUGACGAUGAGUCUUCGGAUGUCGUCGUCUUUGGGGACGCAUAUGUGGCCGUUGCGUCUGGUGAUUCCGUCUUCAUGUGUCCAAUGUCCCAAUAA